AGUAAGGGUAGGAAGUGAGGGGUGAGAAGCAGAGAGCUGAACUAUCAAGUAAUCUAAGCUAAAAGUGGAAAGAGUCGGGGAACAGAAGGCUUCCCAGAGGAGACUGAGAUAGCUAGUGAUUCAAAGCAUGCACUUAGCCCUUCUCCUGUCAUCUGGUGGCCUAGAGAUAAUAUCCAAACUUGUGUACUUACAAAAAGUUCCUUCAUUUCUGUUACUCAAGCCUCAAAUUCUCUUGGCUGGAAGGAGAGAGCUUGUUGAGCCAAGAAAAUCCUCUCAGGUGGGGCAUUUAGCUCAGUGGCAUAAGCAUCUGCCUGGCAAAUGCAAAGUCAUGAGUUCAAUCCCCAGUGCAAAAAAAAAAAAAAAAAAAAACUCCCCAAGAAACAAACACCUGGAGGUAUUUUAACCCACCUACCAUCUGUCCAGUGUGUGUCAGGCAGAGGGAAAGGGGAGCCCUGACUAGUGAGGACAUUCUGCUCCCAUGUGGAGAGGGUGUGGUCCAAUGAGCCAAGAAUGUAGGGAUGCCUCAUACUUCAUGGAGGAGCCAGAGGAUGGGCCUGAAGGAGCUCAGCUCCCCGGGGAGUGGUGGCAUUACCAGAGUCAUACUCUGUAAUCCCCACUAAAUCACCUUUCCCUUCAGCUGCUAACCUAGGGCCCUAGCUUCAGAGAAACUAACAGGCCACACCUCCCAUGAGCAUCAUUGCAACAUGAGAUCCUAAGGCGCCAAGAAGUCAAUGCCAGUCCCACCUACCAUUCCUGGGUGCUAAUCUCAAACACAGACCACUCAGGGCAAGGGAUUGGCUGAGGAGCUAGAGGGGGGAGUGGGGGUGAUCGCUACCUCACCCAAGCGUUAAAUAGGGGUUUAGGCAAGCAGGCAAGAUGCCCCUGCGAAGCAGUCUCUCACACUGCCUCCCUGAACUGGACCAUGACCCAGUCCCUCAAGCUCACCUCCAGACUGUUGCAUCGCGUCCUCGGGGCACCUGAGCUGGGUGCCUCUCUAAACUCCAAAGUCUCUGACUCAGCACCUCGGAACCUGGCAGACAUCCCAGGACCCUCCAUGCCUAGAUUCCUGACUGAACUUUUCUGCAAAGGGGGACUGUCGAGGCUACACGAGCUGCAGGUGCAGGGUGCAGCUCGCUUCGGCCCAGUGUGGUCGGCCCGCUUUGGGACCUUACGCACAGUAUACGUGGCCGCUCCUGAGCUCAUUGAGCAGCUCCUGCGACAGGAGGGACCCCGACCGGAACGCUGCAGCUUCUCGUCCUGGGCAGAGCACCGUCGCCGCCACCAGCGGGCGUGUGGACUUCUCACCGCGGAAGGCGAAGAAUGGCAGAGACUGCGUAGCCUCCUGGCCCCACUCCUCCUCCGGCCUCAAGCGGCCGCUGGCUAUGCCGGGACCCUGGACACCGUGGUCUGUGACCUUGUGCGUCUACUAAAGCGCCAGCGGGGGCGCAGCACUGGGCCGCCCGCCCUGGUUCGGAAUGUGGCAGGAGAGUUUUACAAGUUUGGACUUGAGGGCAUAGCCGCGGUGUUGCUGGGUUCCCGUCUGGGCUGCCUGGAGGCUGAAGUGCCCCCUGAUACAGAGUCCUUCAUCCGCGCUGUCGGCUCAGUAUUCGUGUCCACGCUGCUGACCAUGGCAAUGCCCAGCUGGCUGCAUCACUUUGUGCCCGGACCCUGGAAUCGCCUCUGCCGAGACUGGGACCAGAUGUUUGCAUUUGCCCAGCAGCAUGUAGAGAGGAGAGAGGCCGAAACAGCCAGGAGGAACCAGCGAAAGCUUGAGGAAGAAGACAUGCUGGCUGGGGCACAUCUGACCUAUUUUCUUUUCCGAGAGAAGUGGCCUGUCCAGUCCAUCCUGGGGAAUGUGACAGAGCUACUACUGGCUGGAGUGGACACAGUGUCCAACACACUCUCCUGGGCUUUGUACGAGCUCUCUCGGCAUCCAGAAGUACAGACAGCUCUCCACUCUGAGAUUACAUCUGCCCUGGGCCAGGGCUCCUGUGCCUACUCCCAAGCCACUGCCCUGCCCCAGCUGCCCCUACUGAAGGCCGUGGUGAAGGAAGUGCUAAGAUUGUACCCUGUGGUGCCUGGAAAUUCCCGUGUUCCAGACAAAGACAUUCAUAUGGGUGAUUAUGUUAUCCCCAAAAAUACGCUGGUCACUCUGUGUCACUAUGCUACAUCGAGGGAUCCUGCCCAGUUCCCAGAGCCAAAUUCUUUUCGUCCAGCUCGCUGGCUGGGGCAGAGCCCAGCCCCCCACCCAUUUGCAUCUCUUCCCUUUGGCUUUGGCAAGCGCAGCUGCAUAGGAAGACGCUUGGCAGAACUUGAGCUGCAAAUGGCUUUGGCCCAGAUUCUGACCCAUUUUGAGGUGCUGCCCGAGCCAGGUGCUCCUCUUGUCAGACCUAUGACCCGAACUGUCCUGGUACCUGAAAAAAGCAUCAAUCUACAGUUUGUGGACAGAUAGCUAUUAGAAGGAAGCUGCCAUCCUCUCUCUCAUCACAGGGCUUUACCAAGCACAAGACCAAGAGAUUCACCUUUCCCUUGAGGCUUGCUGACUAAAGUGUAGAGAAUAGUCAUGGCGAAUUGAAAUAUGAAUUUGACCUGACUCAAUAGUGCCCCCCCCAAAAAAAAAACAUGCUCACUGCACCUGCUCAGCCCUUCUCCUGGUCAUAUAUGCAUCAUUCAAAGGCCAACUCAGACUUUAACUCACAAUGCUGGAUGGACUGAAGGACUCAACCACCACUCUUUUGGUGCUUCUACUGAAUUCAUUGAUGCUUUUAGCUAAGCAUCGAUUGUACAUAAGCCAAGUAACUAUGUCUGAUCUGUACCUGAUUGGUUUUCCCUCUAAGCAGGUGUCCUCUUUGAAAGAAAGGAUGCAUUAUUAUUUGGUAUUUUUAUCCCAUCAGGGGCUAUCUUGACUAGGUGAUACCACACACAUUUUUUUUUUUUUUAACCACACACAUUUUCACAUUGAAUCUGGAUCGUGUGGCAGAAGGGAUAAGCAGCACACCAGGCUGUCUACCCACUUCUUUCUUCAUCUACCCAAUAGGGACCUGGCUUAGCUUGGUUUAUGAUUUUUUUUUUUUUACAUUUUUUUUUUCUUUUUCCUUUUUAUCGGUACCGGGGAUCGAACUCACGACCACCUGCUUGCAAGGCAGGCGCUUAUGCCGCUGAGCUAAAUCCCCAGCCCCCAGGUUUAUGAUUUUUUAAAAAUCUCCUUGGUGGGGCUGGGGAUUUAGCUCAGCGGCAUAAGCGCCUGCCUUGCAAGCAGGCAGUCGUGAGUUCAAUCCCUGGUACUGGUAAAAACGAAAAAGACCAAAAAAAAAAAAAAAAGAAGAAGAAGAAGAAGAUAAAAAAAAAAAAAUCUCCUUGGUUUCUGGGGAUGUGGCUCAGUGGUAGAGCACUUGUCUAAAUCUCCUUGGUUCUCUGACCAGUAUUUUUUAUUUUUUGUGGUACUGGGGAUUGAACUCUGCCUUGUGCAUGCUAGGCAAACACUCUACCAUUAAGCUACAUCCCCAGCUCUCUCUGAUAACUAAUAAGUGGCUUAUCCUUCCACCUAGUUCCCAGGCAGAGGCAUCUUUGGGCCUGUCCUUGUCUAGACCUCUACCUUCUUUUGUAUUUUUUUAAAUACUUGUAAGUUUUGGAAUAAAAACAAAUGUUUCAUCCUUGA